AUGCCAGAGCCAGGCCCCGAACGGUGCCGGUCGCGGGGCCGGUCGGUGCGGGAGCGGGGAGGCCCCACCCCGGGGCGGUCGCCGCCGCUGCGCCAUGACCCGGGUGUCCGGGAUCAGAGCAGGAAGCAGGAGAAGGCGGCUGUGGUGGGGCCCGUGGAGCCGGGAGGGGCCGUCGAGAGCGGACGGUGUGGGGCCGGGGCCGUGGGGCGCCCCGGCCCCGCCAUGCACGUGCUGGCGCGGCUGCUGCUGCUACUGGUGGCGGCAGGGACGGUGGGUGGGCGCGGGGCCCCCCGCGACACCCUGGUCUGCUCCCAGGGCCUCGCCUGCCGCCUCCUGGACACCGACGUGCUCUGCGGGACGGAGCCGCCGGGACGCAGCCACGGGCUGACCCUGUCCGGGCUGCGGCUGGAGCCGGCGCUGCGCUGCGCCGGGCCCGGGCCCUGCUCCCCCUGCCUGGGGGUGCGGCUGCGCCUGGCCCCCCCGCCCCGCACCGGGCAGCCCCGCCGCCCCGCGCCGCCGGGCAGCCCCGCGGCAGGGAGCGGUGAGCCAGGAGGGCCGUCUGCGGAUGGGGACACCUCCUCCCAGCCCAACAUCACCGGGCUGCUGCUGCUCUCCGGGCACACCUAUGCCUCAUCCCGCUGUGUGGCUGUGGAGGUCCGGGUGCCUGUGGCCCCUGCGGUGCCCAGCCCACUCCUGGGCUGGGUGACCUUCCGGUGCUUCGAGGGGCCGCUGGGCUCUGAGCUCCGUGUCACAGCGCACACCAACUCACGUGGCCAGCGGAGGCUGAGCCGGUGGCAGCGGGUGCCAGACUGCUCGUGGCCCGCAGCACAGGCUGCCGUCCCUCAGUGCCAGGUGCCCAGGCUGCAGAUCUCCCCGGGGCCAAAGGAGGUGGUUGUGGAGGUGCAGGGGGCUGCGGCAGGGCACAGCUACACCCUCCGGCUCUACCACAACCAGAGCCAUGGUGCCAGUGGGCCAGGACGUGCAGUGACCGCGAGCAGCCCCAUGAACUACAGCUUGCCAGCCGAUGAGAUCCUGCCCUGCCUCUGCAUGCAGGUCUGGCCAGAGACCCAGGACCCAUCACGGGCCACGCUGUGCCCCUUCUCCCAUGACACAAAAGCCUGGGAGCGGCUGUGGGCGCGCAGCCAGCUGGUCCUGCACACUGGGGGACCUGCGCUGACCUGCUCCCUCGUGGCUCCCUGUGACCUCCCUGCCGAGCUGGUGCCCUGCUGGCAGCCCGCACCCACCAGACCCUGCCAAGCCCUGCCCGGUCUGCAGCAGCCCGCCACGGGGCAGGGACCCCAGGAGUUUGGGGGGCUGCAGCCACACCCAAACCUCUGCAUGCAGGUGUGGAGCAGUGGGCAGGUCCGGCUGACCCAGUGCCUGAGGGACCGAGUGCUGCCUGGCCGCCCUGAUGACCUCCUGUUGCUGGAGCAUGCAGGGAAUGCCUCGCUGUGUGCCCUGGAGUUGGAUGCCUGCACACCCCUAGCCAGCUUCACCAGCACGGGAGCUGGGCAACCAGGGCUGCUGGAACCGGAGCUGCGGCGGGACGUGGCAGCGGGGCAGUGCAGGCAGAUCUGGCAUCCUGAGAACAGCACCAGCAUCACACUCUGGGCCUGUCCCCUGCACAAGUACCUGCGCACCCACUGGGCGCUGGCAUGGAUGGGGGUGCUGCUGGGGGCUGUCUGCCUCCUGCUCCUGCUCUUGCUGAAGAAGGAAGAUGUGAAAGGCUGGCUGAAGUCCCUGAGAGCUGACUACAGAUCUGAGGGCCUGCUGCGAGGCCGGCGGGCCCUGCUGGUGCACGCGUCGGAGCCGGCAGCAGAGCGGGCGGUGUGCGCCAUGAUGGCAGCCCUGCGCCCGCUGGGGCUGGCGGUGGUGGCGGCACCGGGAGGCGGCACCGGGGUGGCGGCAUGGGGGCCACUGCCCUGGCUGCAUGCCCAGCACCGACGGGCACUGCGUGACGGUGACACCGUCAUCCUCCUCCUCUCCCCUGCGGCUGUGGCUGCCGCACGCCAGUGGGACGCCGGGGCCAGGGCUGUGCCGGGGGUUGGGGAUGCUGAAAGCAUCCCUGGCUCCCGGCUCAGCCCCAGCCCUGAUGGCGUCCCCACCGUAGCACCUUGUGAGGCAUUCGCAGCGGCUCUGUCCUGCGCCGUGCCAGCGCUGCUGGCAGGCAAGGGGCGCUACGUGGUGGCCCGGCUCGAGGCCUUGGUGCCGGCGGUGCCGCCAUCGCUGCGGGCGGCCCCUGCCUUCGCGCUGCCCAGCGAGACGGGAGCUUUCCUGCGGGCGCUGGCACCGGGGCGAUGGCGGGGCCGCUGGCCGGAGCCGUACGUGGUAGCGGUGGCCGAGGGGCUGCGGCGGGCGGUGGGGGAAUAAAGUGUUUGUAAUGCUUUUGCCAA